AAAAUUCGAGUACAUGUCUGUUUACAUAUAUCAACUUCCGGUCUGUUGACUUCCUGAACACUAACAAAACACAUGGCGAGUGGACGGCCAGAAAGACAGGCCCCGCCUGAAAUUUUUUAUAAUGAAGAUGAAGCCAGAAAAUAUACGGCAAACACACGUAUGAUAGAAAUUCAGAGUCAGUUGUCAGAACGAGCUAUUGAGCUACUUGCAUUGCCAGAGGACACACCAUGCUUUAUUUUGGAUGUGGGAUGUGGAUCAGGCCUAAGUGGUGAAUGUUUGACAGAACAGGGACAUUAUUGGGUUGGAGUAGACAUCAGUUCUGCUAUGUUAGAUGUUGCUGUUGAAAGAGAGACAGAAGGAGACUUGGUACUUGGAGAUAUGGGUUAUGGAAUGCCAUUCAAGCCAGGAACGUUUGAUGGAGUUAUAAGUAUAUCAGCUUUGCAGUGGUUGUGUAAUGCAGAUAAAAAGUAUCAUCAUCCACCAAAAAGAUUACUCAAGUUUUUCUCCACACUCUAUGCUUGUAUGGCUCGUGGUUCUCGUGCAGUCUUCCAGUUAUACCCAGAAAGCAGUUCACAGUUAGAGUUGAUAACCCAGCAAGCCAUGAAGUCAGGAUUUACAGGAGGUCUAGUUGUUGAUUACCCAAAUAGUACAAAGGCAAAAAAAAUGUUUCUGUGUUUAUUUGCUGGUGGUCAGUCUCAGACGUUACCUAAAGGUCUUGGUACAGAGGACUCUCAAGCCACGAAAUCACACAUAGCAUUCUCAGAUAAAAGAGAUAGAAUGAAGAAUGCAAGAGGAAAGUCACUAAAGAAGAGUAGAGACUGGAUCUUGGAGAAGAAGGAAAGACGAAGAAGGCAGGGGAAGGAAGUUCGACCAGACACAAAAUAUACAGGAAGAAAAAGAAAAGCCUACUUCUGAUGAUUUGUAUAUUUUGUUGAAUAAAAUUUGUUUUUGUUUUAUACAA